CGAACGGCGUUCGUUGCCUUUUCCGGUCUUCUCCCGGCAGCGGCAGUUACGUGCGUACCAUUUUCUCCUACUGUUGCCGAAGAAACUCAGCUAGCAAGAUAGAUCUACAAAGUAAGGUUUUGUGGGCCAUAAUCUGGUGCUAGGUUAUUGUAGAAUAUAGUUUUCCGCAACUAUUGACGGUUUCAAACCCCGCUUUAAUGGCGUUAUAGUCAGAAGCAUCGAUUGUGUAAGCUAGCUAGCGUUAGCAGAUAGCGGCUAAUUUCCCGCAUUUGUGGAUCGACUGCCUUGGGAUCCUCACAUUAUGGCCAACAACACUGUAGCCGGGAAUCAGCAACAAGGACAGGCUGUGAACAAGAUUGGCCCUAACCCUGGAAAACAUGGCAACAACUUGCCUCUCUGGGGCAACGAAAAGACUAUGAACUUGAACCCUAUGGUCCUCACCAACGUGCUCUCAUCUCCAUAUUUCAAGGUUCAGCUCUAUGAACUGAAAACCUACCAUGAGGUGGUGGAUGAAAUAUAUUUCAAGGUGACUCAUGUUGAGCCCUGGGAGAAAGGCAGCAGGAAGACUGCUGGACAGACUGGAAUGUGCGGAGGGGUGCGUGGAGUCGGGACAGGCGGCAUUGUGUCCACAGCCUUCUGCCUGUUGUAUAAGCUGUUUACCCUCAAGAUGACCCGCAAGCAGGUGAUGGGACUGAUCACUCACAACGACUCGCCCUACAUCAGAGCACUUGGUUUCAUGUACAUAAGAUACACCCAGCCCCCUGCAGACCUGGUGGACUGGUAUGAUGGUUUCCUGGAUGAUGAGGAGGAGCUGGAUGUGAAGGCCGGAGGCGGCUGCGUUAUGACCAUCGGUGAGAUGGUCCGGUCGUUUCUCACCAAGCUGGAGUGGUUCUCCACACUCUUCCCACGCAUCCCGGUGCCUGUGCAGAAGAUGAUUGACACACAGAUGAAGGCAAGGCCCCGGAAGGUUCCUGAGAAGGUGGAGGAGCCGGUUGAACCUGUGCCAGAGGAGGGACGGGCGACAGAAGGGCGUAGACGCUCCCGGAGCCCCAGGAGGUCCCCCAAACGGUCGAGGAGCAGGAGCCACCACCGCGAACGAGAGCGCCACGGCCCAAGCUUCGACCGCGAGCUGGAAAGGGAACGUGACCGCCAGAGGAAGGAGAGGGAGGGUAAGGACGGGGACAGGAGAGGAGGGGACAGGGAGAGGGAGAGAGGGGAGAAAGAGAGGGACAGGGGAGGAGAAAGGGAGAGGCGACGGUCCAGGAGCAGGGAACGCAAGGGAGAGCGGAAAGACAGGGAGAAAGAAAGGGAGGGGGGUGGGGAGAACGACAGAAGCAGGAGGAAAGACAGGGGCAGUGACAGAGGGAGGGAGAGGUCCAAGGACAAGAGGAGCAAGGGAGAGACUGAGGACAGGAGACACAAAGAAGAGCGGGAUGAGAGGAGGGGGCACAGGGAGGAGAGGAAGGCCAAGCGCUCCAGUCGGAGCGGAAGCAGGGAAAGGAGACACAAGGAGAAGUCCAAGAAGAGAGGAGAAGUCCAAGAAGAGAGUGGAAGCAAGAGCAGGGCUGAGGUGGGGGAGAAGGAGAAGAGCAGGAAGAGAGAGCGCAGCCAUGAGAGGGGGGAGGGCGAGCAGCGCUCACACAAACGCAGCCGCAGCAAAGAGCGGAGCCACCGGCCACGAGAGCCCAGCAAUGGGAAAGACCACGGGAAACACAGAGAGCGCAGAAGGAGCCAGAGCAUGGAUAGAGGAGAGAGGACGACACAGAGCGCUAGGGCAGAGUCCCCUUAGCUCAUCACAGCUCUUCUCUGCCUUUCUCUCUUCAUUCAUUUGUUUUACUUGUUCGUGUAGUCUGCCACGUAUUAUUAAAAAGAGAAGAAAAAAACAUUAGCACGAGAAACUACCUGGACUUGUCUUUGGCCAACGUAAUGUUACUUUAUGUAGAUCUUUCUAUCUCUCUGCCUUUCUCCUCCCUUUCUAGACCAGCGUUACUUUUCAUUCGAGACAGUUGUAUUAGAAAAAAAAAUGCCAUUUUAAGUUUUAUAUGGUUUUGUCUCUGGAAAGUUCCAAAUUGCUUUGUACAUACGGGUCUGAGAAUGUUUUAAAUCCUACAGAGCAACCUCCAAAGGUGAAUUUGUACCAUGCACUGAGCCGUACUGAUAUUGUGCUGUGUUUGGUUAAGUGCUCUGUUGCAUUUUGUUUUCUAAUUAAACAACUUUUACAAAAGGAGACGCUGUGUGGGGUGAUUAUGGUUUUGUUGAGAUGUAAUUCUUAAAGCUGUAAUUCCUUAUUCAUUUACACAAGUACUCCUCUAAAAAGGUUUUAUCUGGUACGAUCUCACUCGAUUACACGAGUACUCCUCUUCAAAGCACUUCCAGAUCUAGGGGAUUGUAUACCAUGGUUAUAAUGUACUGCUGUAAUGUCUGCUAAAUAAUGGACUACCGUAGUGUGCUAAAUGACUAAAUAACGGACUACCGUAGUGUCUCCUAAAUGAAGAAAUGGACUACCGUAGUGUCUGCUAAAUAACGGACUACCGUAGUGUGCUAAAUGACUAAAUAACGGACUACCGUAGUGUCUCCUAAAUGAAGAAAUGGACUACCGUAGUGUCUGCUAAAUAACGGACUACCGUAGUGUCUGCUAAAUGAAGAAAUGGACUACCGUAGUGUCUGCUAAAUGAAGAAAUGGACUACCGUAGUGUCUGCUAAAUUAAGAAAUGGACUACCGUAGUGUGCUAAAUGACUAAAUAAUGGACUACCGUAGUGUCUCCUAAAUGAAGAAAUGGACUACCGUAGUGUGCUAAAUGACUAAAUAACGGACUACCGUAGUGUCUGCUAAAUGACUAAUGAAUAAUGGACUACCGUAGUGUGCUAAAUGAUUGAAUAAUGGACUACCGUAGUGUCUGCUAAAUGACUGAAUAAUGGACUACCGUAGUGUCUGCUAAAUGACUAAUAAAUAAUGGACUACCAUAGUGUGCUAAAUGAUUGAAUAAUGGACUACCGUAGUGUCUGCUAAAUGAUUGAAUAAUGGACUACCGUAAUGUCUGCUAAAUGACUGAAUAAUGGACUACCGUAGUGUGCUAAAUGACUGAAUAACGGACUACCGUAGUGUUAUUCUAAAUGACUGAAUAAUGGACUACCGUAGUGUCUGCUAAAUUAAGAAAUGGACUACCGUAGUGUGCUAAAUGACUAAAUAAUGGACUACCGUAGUGUCUCCUAAAUGAAGAAAUGGACUACCGUAGUGUGCUAAAUGACUAAAUAACGGACUACCGUAGUGUCUGCUAAAUGACUAAUGAAUAAUGGACUACCGUAGUGUGCUAAAUGAUUGAAUAAUGGACUACCGUAGUGUCUGCUAAAUGACUGAAUAAUGGGCUACCGUAGUGUCUGCUAAAUGACUAAUAAAUAAUGGACUACCAUAGUGUGCUAAAUGAUUGAAUAAUGGACUACCGUAGUGUCUGCUAAAUGAUUGAAUAAUGGACUACCGUAAUGUCUGCUAAAUGACUGAAUAAUGGACUACCGUAGUGUGCUAAAUGACUGAAUAACGGACUACCGUAGUGUUAUUCUAAAUGACUGAAUAAUGGACUACCGUAGUGUUUGCUAAAUGACUGAAUUGCGGACUACCGUAGUGUGCUAAAUGACUGAAUAAUGGACUACCGUAGUGUCUGCUAAAUAACGGACUACCGUAGUGUCUCCUAAAUGAAGAAAUGGACUACCGUAGUGUCUGCUAAAUAACGGACUACCGUAGUGUCUGCUAAAUAAUGGACUACCGUAGAGUCCCCUUAGCUCAUCACAGCUCUUCUCUGCCUUUCUCUCUUCAUUCAUUUGUUUUACUUGUUCGUGUAGUCUGCCACGUAUUAUUAAAAAGAGAAGAAAAAAACAUUAGCACGAGAAACUACCUGGACUUGUCUUUGGCCAACGUAAUGUUACUUUAUGUAGAUCUUUCUAUCUCUCUGCCUUUCUCCUCCCUUUCUAGACCAGCGUUACUUUUCAUUCGAGACAGUUGUAUUAGAAAAAAAAAUGCCAUUUUAAGUUUUAUAUGGUUUUGUCUCUGGAAAGUUCCAAAUUGCUUUGUACAUACGGGUCUGAGAAUGUUUUAAAUCCUACAGAGCAACCUCCAAAGGUGAAUUUGUACCAUGCACUGAGCCGUACUGAUAUUGUGCUGUGUUUGGUUAAGUGCUCUGUUGCAUUUUGUUUUCUAAUUAAACAACUUUUACAAAAGGA